AUGUCUGGUCUCCCAAGAGAAGUUAUCAAGUGGGUGCAGAGUCUGAGUCUCUCAUUCAGUGUGAAGAAUCCUAAGAGAGCUUUUAACAACGGCUUUCUAAUUGCAGAGAUAUUCUCUAGAUACUUUCCAGCAGACAUUCAGAUGUUCUCCUUUGAUUAUGGAGAGGGCUUGAAAAGCAAACGAGAUAACUGGCAACAACUUAUGGUCUUUUUUAAGCGAAGAGGGUUGCCUAUUGUCAUCAAGGAUAUUGACUCGCUGAUAAAUAAUGAGAAUAAUUCAACCAUUGAGUUUGUCAAACAGGUUUAUACCCUCUUAACCGAGAGAGCACUCAUGCCACCCAUUAAAGUGUAUGAUACUGAUAGCAAUGAACAACAAAGUUUGCUGUUGAAAGAAAGAGAAAUGGUCAAGCUUCCAAAGAAUGACAUUGAUGCCUUUGAGCCAGAUCAAGAAGACACUAAGAUGGAGCAUUCAAUUAUGAAGGAGAGUACUUCAAGAAGCCCUCAGAAAUCACUUGCAAUUACAAAAGGCCCACAGAGAACUAUUCCACAAACUUUAGAAUUAGAUUCUUACAAAGCUGUAGAAGUCAAAGAUAUUCAGAUUAAAGCUAUUAAUCAGAGUGUUGCUCAGAUUAGGGCUCACAAGGACCUAAAUUCUUUACAUUCGCAAAAUGCCAAGAUGCAGAGCUCUGAGAUCCAGAGUCAGAUGAAUAUGUCUCACAAUGGAUCGCAGAAUUUCUUAGCAGCAGGAGAUGGAGCUUCCAGAAUCCUUUCACCAGAAACAAUGAGAGAAGAAAGACAGGUAAAGAAAACAAUCACUGAUAUUCUUCAUGAGAUCAUCUUGGCAAAGAAUGAGAAUGAUGAGAACAAUGAAUUCUCUGCUAUUAGAGUUGAGGGAGAUAUGGUCACAGCCUUUUUUGACAACAUUCAUAAAUUUUCAGAUGAGUUUGCUUGAGGAUUUAUUCAAGAUAUGGAAGAAGACCUUGAGAAUUUAAUUACUACUCUAUAUCAAAGUGCAAAUGAUUUAACAGCUCUUUUUACAUAUUUCGUAUGAAUGCUGAAGAGACUUGAUGAGUUAUCCCCAACCUUUUCAGCAACAAUGAACUUAGCUAAAUUGAUGGCAAGAAGAAUUGUAGAAGAUAAUGAUAGUCCUCAGGAGGAGUUCCAGAGCUUCUUCCUCUUCCACCUACUCAAAGCAUAUUUGCAGAUUGCUAAAACUGAAAUAGGAAAGAGAGUCUCUGUUGCUGAGCUUAUCUAUGCCCAUUCUUCCCACGACUUAUCUCUAAGAAUUAAGGUUGUCCAAAACCUUAAGACAAAAAUUAAAGAUGAAGAUUUUAUGUAUAGGAUGCUAUACUAUCUAGUAGAUCAAGAAGAAAGCUUUAACGAAGACUGGUUUGACUCCUUCUAUUUUUCAGCCCUUGUCGGCUUGAGUAGAUCAAGGCCAACGAUUAGAAUAUUCUCACUGAAGAUAAUCAAUGCUAUCUGCCGUCAUCAUGCUGAUGGAAUUCUGGAUGUUACACAGAAGAUCAAGGGACUUGCCAAGUCAGACCACUGGGAAGUAAAAGCUCAAUGAUUACUUUUUUCAUGAAAUCUGCUACAAUACCUUAGAAAAUACAGUUAUUUAUUAAAAACAUCCAAAGACGAAGGUUCUGGUGGUGAUAAGGGAGCUCAGAGCAUCAACGUAUCUGCUCCUGGAAAGGAUCUCAACAUUGAUAGGAACUAUGCAAAGCAGCUCAUAAGCGAUAAUUUGGACAUUAUCAACUCCUGUUUCAACCCUUAUGUGCCUAGAAGUGUGCAGAAGCUAGGAAUCUAUGCACUCCAAUCAGUUUUGAACGACUAUAAGGUUCUGUACAGACCUUAUGUAGAAACCUUUUUGAGUUUAGACCCUGAGAACAAGAUGAUUGUUUUAGGCCAGGAUGAAAAUAUGCUGAGAAAGGAAUUCUACCUCUCUUUAGCAGCUAACUCUGAUGAAUACAAGGUUAGCAAUAACCCUGACUUCCUUGAUAGAGUCAAUAUGGCAAGAGCACUGGCUGACUACAUUAUUGAAAACGAGCUUGAAAGUCUGGAAAGCAGCCAUAUGGAGCUGAUUUUGUUCGUCACUGAGGAGCAGAUGGAGCCCAAAACCCAUGAUAGUUGGUUUAAGAUAUUCCAAAAGUUGAAGGAAUACCUGUUUGUGGCAAUCUGUGAUCAGGAUAUUUACCUUGACGCUCUUAAGGUCUUGUUCGAAAGGUUCUUUUGUACUGAUCAGUUAAAAUUUUUAAUAUUUGAAGAGUCAAUGAAGACCUUCCCAAAGACUCUAGAUGUGCUUUACUCAAAUGAAUUCGAUGAUUGUAAAGAAGAAUUUAAGAGAAUUGCGGAAGGUAUCUUUGACACAAAUGAAGACCCUACCUUAAUCAACUGGCUGAAAUCAGUAAUCAUUAAUUUCAAGGAGAACUAUAUUCAAGCUUACCAAGAAAGUAACAUUACUGAAUUAGGUGAGAGAAUUUCAUCUUAA